AUGGAAUUAUGGCUCGUGGCGCUGGCGACGGCAUGCGCGGUGGCCGCCGUGCAUGGGGUUGCCGAGCGCCUGCGCCGUAUCUAUGAACGAAAGUCUAUACUUCCGUCGUCGGAAGAACGCAUCGUGAUUCUCGGUGCGUCGUCCGUCAAUGGAAUUGGCGCGGCGAUCGCGCAGCAAUGUUUGGAGCGCGGCGCGUACAAUAUCAUGCUCGUGGGGCGGCGCAGCGACGCGCUACGCGAAGUGAAGCUUGCACUCAUUUCAGGCCUGGAGUCCGAGGCGGCCAAGACGCGCGCGCAAAACAUUGAGCUCUUUGUUGCGGACUGCACCGACGAAGAAGACGUGCUGCGCCUCGCAUCCGCCAUCGUCCAAGACUUUGGGGGCAUUGACACUCUCUACAUUGUAUUCGGUGCUAUCUGCACGCAACCACUCCUUUGCAUGGCGGGCCUCGACCCCCUAAGCGACCCAGCCGCGAAGGAGCCGACGCUCGAAGGGCUCCGCGCCACGUCUGACGCGAUGCAGCAGUCGAAUGCCGCCAACAUCACCAGCACCGCCCUAAUUCUCACGGCCCUAAUUCCCGCCCUACAGACGAACUCGAAAGCACCAUACGUCGCGGUGAUUGGCUCGCUUGCCUCUCUCGUCCCUGCACCGACGCGGGGCUUGUACUGUGCGACAAAAGCGGCACAACAGAUGCUUGUGCUCAGCACAGCCGCCGAGUGCGCGUCGCAGGCGCACGUCGCGGGCCGUGCGCAUGUCAAGUUUGUGGUGAUGGCCCCAUCGUCCGUCGCGACGUCCUUCUCUACGCGCCUUGCGAUCGGCGUCCCUGCCGACCGGAAACAAGCGUCGCAGUCGAAGGGGAAGCUGCUCAGCGCGCACGACGUCGGUGAGACGGUCGUCCGCUGUGUCGAGCGCGGCGUAACCGGCGUGGUUCCGAUGCCCUACCGCUUCUUUUUCGUUUGGCUUCUAUUCCCCCUUCUUCCUGGCCUGGUCGAGCGCGGUGCGCAUCGGCGCUAUGGGUACUAG